GUGAUCCAAAUAACCGGCUUCUGAGAGGUUUAUUCACCGGCUGUGAGCAGAAUCGAGCUUCGUGUUUCUGUUGCUGCUGACAAGAAACAGGAAAUAGAUGUGUGGCCUAUUACUCAGGAGAUCCUUGUUCAUUUACAGCAACAGUCCUCCAGUAUCUACAAUGGGCUAUACUCAGAUCAUGGAGGCUGGGAACUGCACACACCUCUCUUAGAUGCCCUUAAUCUAGAACAUUCGUCAAGUUGUCCAUCAUUUGGAAAGUUACUGGGUUUAAGACAAUUAUCAUUGGGUCACAGUCAGUUAGAAGGAGAGAAACAUUCAUCAUCAACUGAAGACAAAAAGACACAGAAAACCAGCAACAGGAACAGCUCCCAGGAAGCUGUUGAAGAGCAAAGAUUAAGCCCAGAAUCUGAAGUACAGACUCCAGCAUCUGCACUAUCGGACGAAGAAGAUUACGCCCCGUCUUCCUCUCUUCGAGCUUUGCUGAACCAAUUUGUUUUGCCAGGGGCCAACCCAUCUUGCCCUUCCCUUGGUUCUCUGACUCGCAGUCCACAUUGUAUCAUAGCUCCCACCAUGCCCACCCUGCCUGAGGAAGAAGAAGGAGGCGAGGAUCAGGAAAGAAUGCAGAGUUCUUCAUCCAGUAUUCUAGGAUCUGAUCCCAGGAUGAGUGAGACACCAGCAAUAGUGCUGCCUGACGUCACCAGCUCUCCAGACAGGGAGUUGGAUCAAACAUCACAGAUAAGAUCCCAUAGUCCUAUUCAGAGACGGUCAAGCAGGAACUCCAGAACCUCCUUCUCUUCAACAAGUUCCCUGACCUCUGUUGAUGGUGAUGGCCAUAUCUAUGAUCUUGUGAAUGACAAGUUACCAGAAGUGCAGCUUUCAGAUGAAGAUAAGAAGAAAAAUGCUGAAUUGCUGGAGGAAGCAAAGAAGAUCAGUGAGAGGUUUCUCACACGUCGCUGCCGCCGUUCCAGAACCAGCACUUCUGACUCUCCGCCAGCACUCACUCCAUCACGGACACCAAUAGCUUCCCCAAGCCCUUCCAGAAGUAACUCUGUGACUAUACAACCACAGAUCGAUCCAUCCACUGCAAACUGUGUAGGAACAAUGGUUACAACUUCAACUCAAGCAGGGGAGAAACCUCCUCCAUCACCCAACAGAGAGAAAGAAAUGAAGCUUUUGGAAGUCCCUGGUACAAGAGAACAAGACAUUCAAUUACAUUCUGAGAAGCACACCAGAAAAUUAUCUCCAAUCAGAAAGACAGUGGAAGCCAGAAAGUUAUCUCCAGCACCAGUGAGUUCCCAAGUCCCUCCUUCUGCAAAUUUUUCAGAGGCAUCAAUGCAACCUGUUUCCCUGGGAACUGGUGCCUGUAGAGAAUCCAAGCCAAUGGAAAAGAGUGACCGUGCCAAAGUAAAUCUCAACAUAGAUUCCAAUGGGGCAGGACAUACUUUGGGUAACCCUACAAAGCUGGGAACUCCAGAGUACAAGGAAUUUCCUUUAAGGUCCUCUCAACCUCUGGCUUCUGAAUUUGCCACUCCAAAGCCUGUCCCUGAACACAUCGAGCAGACUGUUCCUCACUCCAGAAUGCCCUGCAGGGCUGAAAUCAAGUCGUUUAGCUCACAGCCUUUGUUGCGCGCCAUUUCCUGGGAAUGUUUGGAGGUCGAUGAGGAACAAAGCUCACCGCCACAAUCACCCCCCAAGGCAGCGGAGAGAUUUGGGUUCAGUGAAGUGUUUGACGCCAGUCAACUGAAUGCAUCCAACUGCAAAGACUCAUCUGCGCAACCGAAGAUGCAGAAACUUGCCAAGCUCCGGGAGGAAAAUAAAAUGAUGAGGAACCAAAACCUGUCAGCAUUGAGAUUACCGGAUCUCAGUGAAACAAUCGAACAAGACAGAGGUCCAUCUCCUACUCCCUGCCAAGCAGCUGAUGGGAGUAAAGGCAAUUCUGACAUCAUGCCAAAUAUCCCAGACUCUCUGUUGAGGAAGUUGAAGGUUCACAGGUCACUGCCUGGAGGUCCGCCUCCCCUGACUGAGAAGGAAAUUGAGAAUACAUUUAUACAGCUCUCCCUGGCGUUUAAGAAUGAUAGCUAUACAUUAGAAACAAGGCUGGGCCUGGCUGAAAGAGAGCGAAAUCUUGCUGAGGAAAAUACAGAAAAGGAACUCGAAAACUUCAAAACAGAGAUGAAGUCCUCAACUUCACUUUGGGUACACCCUGACCAACGAGAUGCUCAGCAGAGGCUCCUCGAGACCAUCACUGUCCUCCAACGGUUGGCUAUCAGGCUCUCCGGUCGAGCUGAAAUGGUGGGGGCUGUUCGUCAGGAGAAACGAAUGUCCAAGGCCACGGAAGUGAUGAUGCAGUAUGUGGAGAACUUAAAGAGGAUGUAUGAGAAGGAUCAUGCUGAGCUAACAGAAUUCAAGAAGCUGGCCAAUCAGAAUUCAAACCGUACUUAUGGCACAUAUGGAGAUAGCAGUGAUGAUGGAGUUCCCAGAACAGCCCGAUCAAUGUCACUGACGUUGGGAAAGACUGUACCUCGCAGGAGGGUCAGUGUAGCAGUGGUUCCAAAGUUUAUUAACUUUCCUGGGCAGCCUGCAAUUGUCACCAUGGCAGAAACAACGAACAAUGCCAGCAGCUCCAGCACUGUCACUACCACCACCAUCGGUCCCAGUAGCUCCAGCAGCAUCAAUGCCAGCAGCUCCAGUGGGAUUAACAUGUAUCCUAGUCCGACACUGGCUCCUCUCGCCGAACACGGGAAGCAGAAUGCUGAUAAGGAGAAUGAAUGUCCUGCUCCCGGCAAAGUCCAACCGGUCAAGGUCGAGAUAACCGGCUCAGAGACAAAAGCCAAGAUUGAAGAGGAAGCUUACAAUAAAGGUUACCAAGAAGGUUUGAAAGCCCAACUCAGCCAGGAGCAGAAGGAGUUGCAUGACAUCCCUGAGAAGGUAGAGGAGCACAACACAGAGAAACAACCAGAAAUCAGCUUCAAAGAAGCAAGGAAAUGCAGUAAGUUUGAAGAAGUUUCAGAGCUGAUUGACAGACUGUGCCCAAAGUGUUUGAGACAUCGCAGUGCAAUCUGGAUUGUGGGGGCUGUGGUCCUAUUCUUUGCUGUUCUCAUCAGUAUCUUCAGCUCCAUCCAUUAUCCGUGCAGUGAUCUAUCGGACACUCCAAACAGGAAGAGCAGCUGCUCGGCAGUGCAGAAAUAUCUCUGGCCCUUCUCAGGAUCACGACACAAGAAUCGAGCACAGGUGUAAGGGAAAGUUUGAAUUUCUGGGGGAGCGAGAGCACAAAUCAUUCCACAAUCAAACACCAGGGAGACAGCUUUCACAAGACUUCUAAAGGCGUGUGAACACAGGCAUUUAUAGAACCAUCGUCGCUUGAACCAUCCACCAACACAGUGAGCAGCUGCUAACUUACAACUAGGAACAGCAUAGUUUACAUAGCCCUCUAAGAAAUUCAAAUUAUUUAACUGUUUUAUCCUAAAAGGUGUUUAAUCAUUUGAUUGUUUCUGUGUUUAAAUAUUGAUUAAUGGGUGUAACUAAAUAUUCAUACUUCUGAACAAUCUUGUUGCAAACUGUUUCCUAUUUUAGUUCUGUUAGCUGGAAGACAAAUCAGGUGAUUUUUAACUUUAGUUAUAUUGUUUCUAUUGUUCCUACCUGAUUUUAAUUUUUCAUGACAAAUUACCCAAAAUAGGACAGGCCAACACUGGUUGUGAUCAAACUCUACCAUGCUCUAGUCAGCCCCACCUUGGACCAUUGUGUCAUGUUCCAGUAAUGGAAACAAUGGAACAACACUCAUACACUGGAGGCAGAGCAGAGAAGGAGUGCAUAUCUAAGAGCAUCAAAGGGUCAGAGUAAUGAAAAUACUGGAAAGACAGUUUUGAAAGGAGAGAUCUGAGAAGUGAUCUUAAACAGUUUGUUAAAAUAAAUAAAGACUGCAAAUUAAACCAGAAGAGCCAGAUAAGGGAGAACAAAUUCAAAUUGAUUAAUAAAAGACCAGUUCAAGCUAAUCAAUGUCAAAUCCAGCUCUUUUUUCUUUACACAUGGAAUAAAAGCUUGGAAAAGGGAGUGGGAGGUAACAACCGAGAGGCAGUUUAGGGAUAGAAGCAUUUUCAUUGAUGGGUGAGGAGAAUCUAUUGGUUCAUUCCUGAUGAAUUAAUGUUCAGAGAGACCUUCCACACUCCCUAUGGUUUUUGAACCUUCACUUUUAAUAAUUAUUUCAAGAGUGAGGAGUUUCACUUGUUAGUACAUUGCAACGUGAACUUCGAACUGUUGUGCCUCUUAAGAGGGACCUGAAACAAUAAACAGAAAAAGGAAAAUAAGGACACAAACUGAAAUCUCCAAAGAAUCAGAUCUGCUCUGCCAUCUCCUAUCCAGGCUCACUUUCUCCUCAGACUUUUAAUCUGGGUUACAACAUUCACCCUCUAUUCCUUCUACUACCCUGAAUUUAGAACCUGAAUGUUAGUGCAAGUCACUGCUGUCUUCACUGCCUCACAUUGAUCCAUCCUGAAUGAUAUACCCCAUCCUCACCUGAGCAUUCCCAACUGGAGAUUCAACAGAUCAGGGGGCAUUUACCUCAUCUCUUGCCACAGCUAUUUAGGAAGAUCAGUGUGUGAAGAAAGAAUCUGGAGAAAUCCCAGCAGAGAUUUCAACCCCAACGUUUGCCAUCUUUUGUGAUCAGACAAUUCAUUUUUAUAAUGAUCUUGCUUAAUUCAGGGGCAAACCCACAAGUAAUUUUUCACCUUUGUUUUAUGGUUUUAAAAAUCAUCAUAGAAGCAAGAUAAGAGGCUUAGGUGUUAGCUGAGAGGCAACUGUACAUAAAUCCACCUUUUUGUUAUUCAUUCACUUGAUGUGAGAGUUUCUGGCAAAGCCAACAUUUAAUCCCAGUGAGAAAGUGGCGCUAGCUGCCAUCUUAACCACUGCAGUCCACAUGGUGUAGGGACACUUGAAUGCUGUUGAUAAGGGUGUUCAAGAAUUUUGACCCAUUAACAGGGAAAGAAUGACAAUAUAUUUUGAAAUCAGAGUGGAUGCCUUACAGGAAAACUUACAGGUGGUGGUGUUUCCAUUCAUCUGCUACAAGGUGGUAGAUGUUUUGGGUUUGGAAGGUGCUGUGAAGAAGCCUUUAUGAUCUGCAACACUGCAUCUUGUAAAUGGUACACAUUGCUGCCACUGAGUGCUAGUGAUGGAAGGAGUGCUCUUCAAGUGGGCUGAUAUGUCCUGGGUUGAUGACAACUUCCCAAGGGUCAAUAGAACUACACUCAUUCAGGCAAGUGGAGAGUAUUCCAUCGCACUCCUGACUUGUGCUAUGUAAAUCGUGGACAAGCUUUGAGGAGUCAGGAGGAGAGUUAUUUGCUGCAGACAUCCCAACCAUUGAUCUGCUUUUGUAGUCACAAUAUUUACGUGGCUGGUCCAGUUAAAUAUGUUGGUACAUUUUGUAUAUGUUCUCAGCUGUCCUGGAUUAAUUAAUGGCAAAUUUAAAUAAUAAAUAGCUAAUAUUAUGCUGAACUGAACCUUACACAAAAAUUAAAAAUGCCAGAUUAAUAAUUGUGUGCAGUGACUGCGAUGGUAAUGUCCUUAUUCUAAGAUAAUAAGAUAAUACUUAAAUUUAUAGGCCUGUUGUAAAGUGCAAUAUUUAUGAGCAGUGGAAUUGAUUGGGCAAGGGUCCUCCACCAAAGCACUGAGAACAUAUGAAAGUAACAAAAUAAUAUUCUUCCUCCAUGUCUGAAUGUUAUCAUAUUAUAUCAAUAUCCAUGUAAAGAUUUGCACGUUUAAGCUAACACAAUGUACUGUAUAGUCCCACAUACUUGAUUUUGUUAAAAUAAAGUUUACCUAAAAUGUCUCUGUGUAA